AUAAUCAGCUGAUUCCAUUUGUUUGUUAUCACAAUUUUUUUUUUUUCAUUUUCAAACAUUCAAUUAAUAAAACUUGUAAAAAUAUAGCAAUAUUGUUUUCAAUUUUUUGUGCAGUAUGUCUAAAAUUCAAAAUUGUUUAAAAGUAGCGCUUUUGCAACUUCAAGGUGGUGUUGAUAAAAUUAAAAAUGUCGAAAAUGCCGUAUCUAAAAUUAAGGAAGUAGCCUUGAAACAUAAAGCAGAAUUAGUAGCUUUGCCUGAAUGUUUUAAUUCACCUUAUGGAACCAAAUAUUUUGCGGAAUACGCUGAAACUAUUCCUGACGGAUAUACUAGUAAAAUUCUUUCUCAAACUGCUAAAGAAACUGGAAUAUAUAUAGUUGGUGGAACUAUUCCAGAAAAGGAUAAUGAGAAAUUGUUCAAUACCUGUACAGUGUGGGACCCAUCUGGAAAUAUGAUUGCAAAACAUAGAAAAAUACAUUUAUUUGAUAUUGAUGUUAAAGGUGGAAUACGAUUUAAAGAAUCUGAAACCCUAUCUGCUGGAAACAAUUUCACUAUGAUCGAAAUAUUCGGCAAUAAAAUUGGUAUUGGAAUUUGCUAUGAUAUUCGAUUUGAAGAAAUGGCUCGAAUUUACCGAAAUGAAGGUUGUAAAAUGUUAAUAUACCCAGCAGCAUUUAAUAUGACUACUGGUCCGAUGCAUUGGGAAUUAUUGCAACGCGCUCGUGCAAAUGAUAAUCAAUUAUUCGUUUUAACUAUAUCUCCAGCAAGAGAUGAAAAUUCGAGCUAUGUAGCGUGGGGUCAUUCUAUGGUUGUUGAUCCGUGGGGAAAAAUUUUAGCAUCAGCUGAUGAAAAUGAAAAAACGAUUGUUGCAGACAUAGACUUUAGUAUGGCAGAUAAUGUCAGACAACAAAUACCUGUAGGAUUCCAAAGACGUACUGAUUUAUAUGAAACGAUAAAAAAAAAUUAAUCUGAUUUAUAUUUUGUAAAUUUGUACAUAAUCGCAAUGAAAUAUAUGCAUGUUGUCUUAAA